AAUGGUUAGCAAGUGAAGCAAUGUAAACUAAGCGAUAAGGUUCGCACGCUACGUUGUAAAGUGCAUAAUGAAUUACUACGAGUUGGUUGAAAAACGGAAUACUGUACACUAGUUUAAUACCAUUUUAUAUAUAGCUGAGACCGUUUAAACUUUGAUAACAUUUUACGACAAAUAAUUAAGCAGAAGACCAAUGGGAUAAGUUUUAGUGGAUUUUGCCAUUGAAUAAAAUUCGGAUUUAAUAAAAUUCAGCAUUGGAUUAGUUUAAAAGUGUGAUUUGUGUUUGUAAUGAAAUUUAAUUAAAAAUUUAAAUGUGCAUUUUAACAUUAAACAUUAAAUGAGUGUUUGUAAUUUUGUCAUCGGAUGUACAAAAUAUGAUCUGUUGUCAACAGAAAAUGUAUAAAAUUGCAGAAAAAAAGCAUUUAAAGUGAAAUAAGAUUUCAUAACUUUCGAAUCUUAGGUACACAACUAUAAACAAAUACUCUUAACUCAAUGAUUUUAUCAUUUGAAGCAGAUUUACGAUCGGCAAUAAAUACUCCAGAAGUUUAAAAUCUGAGCAUAUGAACAUCGGUGAACGAAUUAGUUCGUCUACGAGACUCGACGUAGACUGCUUUUGGUUUUACUAUGAUGCACUUUUAUUUCUGUGCACUAGAAGGGGGCGAGGCCAAACGACCACGUGACUUUGGGACGUAAUGGGACAAGUUAUAAUAUAAAAAAUAAAUUACAUCCAGAGUGAUAUUAACUGAGAUUCUUCCUCAUUUACAGGACACACACAGGAUAGUCACCAGAAUUCGGACUUGGAAUUUUAUAAAGAAGAAACUGUUCUGAAGUAUUGAAGAAUAGUUACUUGUUAAUACCAAUAUACUAUUUAUUGAUUGUUUGUGAUAGUACAAGAAAUUAUAUGGACCAGUAUAUAAUUAAAACAAGCUGGGAGUGAAACAACUCAACAAGUUACUGAAAAAUCCCAAUCGGGUGAAAAUUAGUACGAGAAGUUUGAAAUACCAUAACUAAUAAAUUAAAGGAUUAUAGUGUAACUAAACUAAGUGAUAAAAAUACGACUGAGCGAGCCAGAAUGGAAGGUGAGCGACGGCUAAUAUUUUACUUGGGAUUAAGCUGGACCAUAAUCGUGAAACAUUUGUGACCACUUGUUGGAUUUUAAAAUUUAUAUAGAACAUUAUACCCAUAAUUUUUUUGGCAAUUGGGUUCAUAAAUUUCUGCAAUUUGGCUCGGAAAAAAGACGAUGGCACGUAAAUGGGAAGGGCCAUUGACAACAAUAAAUGUGCUGAAUGUGUUGAUAUGGACGCUACAUUGUGCGGUUGGCGAGAAGUUUUUCCAGUAUAGGGACCACAGUGACAUAAUUAUGCAGGAGAGACAAAGACAUAUGCUCUCUGUCCAUAAUAAGGUGGAAGCCGAGCACCAACUAGAGAAAUAUGGGUACCUUCAAUGUCAAGUCCAGAGCCGACACAAGCGGUCGUUUUUCCCGGACUUCUCCGAGGGUGGGGCCAAAUACGGCGCUCUACUGGAAGGGAGCCUACCGCCAUGCACAAAUCGAGAAGUUAGAAAAGCUAUUAAACAAUAUCAAAAGCAAUACCAUUUACCCGAGACGGGGGUUGUGGACAGACGGACAAAACGCUUAAUGAGCACGUCACGGUGUGGGAACUCUGAUAAGGACGAGGACUUAGUAGGUGAAGAUUCUUUACAAGUGACUGAAGCUACAGAUAGAACUAGUACUAGUGAAUUGUUACAUACUUUUGUAAAACAAAGUUCAGAUAGUAUUUCAAAUAAGGGUUCUAACGGACCAUCAUUAAGUGAUCAUUUUAAAAGUCAGCCGUGGAAGCGGUCAGCUAGCAAUACAAACUCCAUGUUAAAUGUCAUAUCCGGAUCGUUAAGGUCUCGCAGAGAUGCAUCAACAUCUAGUCUAGAACGAAGAAAAAGAUACUUACACGAUUAUGUGAAUAGAUUAAAACUUGAAGACCCUAUGUUGUUUAAACCUGAAAUUGAGGGCGAUAGUGAUUCCAAAAUUAUUCAAAUUAAGAAAAGAUCUGUUGCAGUAACGGAACACAUAGAAAAAUCACAAGCUAGUGCGCUGCAAAGUUCGCGGUUUGCUGAAGAUGGUCAGAAAUUUGAAAAGCAGGUGAUCAAAUGGAGAUUACUGGAGAGUGGGUACAGUACCCGGAUACCCGUGGAGGAGCAGAGGUCAACCCUGGACCUUGCCUUCAGAAUGUGGAGCGAGGUGAUUCCACUCAAUUUUCUGGAGGUGACGGAUGGAGACAUUGCCAGUGUGGAUAUCGAGGUCGCGUUUGGAACUGGUUCUCAUCAGAACUGCAAGCGGGACUUCGACGGCCAUGGCGGCGAAAUCGCCCACUCGUUCUCUACCGGAAAUAUGCAUUUUGACGACGACGAGUUCUUUCAGACCAUGAAUGCGCACUCAACAGAUGGAAUCUACCUUCUGCGCGUGGCCGUGCACGAGAUCGGUCACGUGCUGGGUCUACUCCAUACCGACAAGAAGUAUUCGAUUAUGUACGCCAUUUACGAAAAGGAACACUCGGGUCCCGUGUUUGAGCUUGGAUGGGAGGACCGAAAACUCGUGCAACAGUAUUACGGCGUCUGCAAAGGCAAGUUCAACACUGUUUUCGACUGGGUCCGUAGAAAUGACCGCGGAAAGUACAUCUUCAAUACCUACUUCUUCCGACAACAAUACUACUGGAUGUACGAAAAUCAUGCCAACCGAACGCGCUACGGGGACCCACUUCCGAUCACGAACGAGUGGCGAGGAGUUCCGGACGAGCCCGACGGCUAUGCCCACGUGCUUAUAAUCACUGUGGACAAUAAUAUCGUCGACGAUGCUUAUUUCUUUAAAGACGAGGAUGUGUACAAAUAUGAUAACGCCAAUGAUAGACUGACUGAGGGAUGGCCCCGGAAAAUUCGUGACGUGUUCCCGGCGAAAGUCGGUGGCGAGCCAAUCCCUAAUAAUCUCGACUCGGCGUUUUUCGAUAUUCGGGACAAAAACCUGUUUUUCUUCAAAAACGACUUGGUGUACGUGUACGAUCCUUUAGAAGCGGAAGACACCCGAGGAUGCUGCGUGCGCAAGCGCAAACUUCAGGAGGAGUUUCCCGCAGUAGAAGGGAGCGAACCCCUACCGGACAACUUGGACGCCGUGUAUUAUUCCCACGUGAACGAGUCCAUGUAUUUUAUCAAGGGGGAAGACGUCUGGCAGAACGUUCACUUUCACGUUCGACAGAUACAUAUAUCAAACGGGGUGAAAUAUAUCGGAAAGUGGUAUGAGAAAUGGUUCGAUAUUUGUGACGUCACAACCCAUUCUACGCACGUGUUUGAUUUCAAGAAGAAUUCAUGAUUAUCGGUAACAACUCUGAACUAUUCCAAUAAGUUUUAAAUUCAAAAUUGAUUGAAACGUGUUAAAAUGAAAAUCAGUAUAAGCUAGAAUUGCUUCCAAUGCAAAAUAGAUAGUUCGAGGAUGGACACAGUUGGGCAUGCGCAUGCGGGUCAUGUGAUCUUUUGUCCGUGUGCUUAAACAUUAAAUGAUGACGUCAUAAUAAAAAAUGGCGUCACAAACAAAAACGCUGCACGCAUGCGCUGAUUUAUUUUGGCGCCUGCUAGUUUUCAAUCGCAGUUUACAAAACAGCAAUGGGUAAAAAACAUGUUUUUAACCUUUUUGUGUGUAAAGAAUUGACAAAAGAAACAAACGCGUGAUGUUAGCUAUCAUUGUUAAUUGCUGAAGAUGGUACUGUAUUACUAAUGGAGAAAACGUGAAAAAACGUGAGAUAGUAAACUCAUGGCGUUAUUCACAAAGGGAACAUUACAAUGACUAAUGCGUCUGGCAGAUAACUAUUAACAGACAGACACUCGUAGAUGGACAACCAAAGAUUAAUUUAUCAGUAUUUUGCUGAAAGAACGCUGAGGAGGUUGAGAUUAAAUAGGCUUGUUGUCUGAAAUGCUGAAGUUAAGAGAGAGUGUGUUCGGAUUGCCUGCUGAGGCUGUGAGGCGUCCCUGGUGUAGGCAAAGCAUGUUUUGCACAUACAGCCAGAAGAUGUGACUAUAUAUGACACAACGUCGCUGUGAUUUUCUUCGUUGACUGUGACUUCGUUUUUUUAAUUGCAUUAUUUAUAUGUAGACUCUAUUUUGUGCAUCGUGUUGUAUGUCGUUAUGUUGUACGCCCCCGAUUUUAAUUAAGCCAGUAAAAUGUUUUAUAUAUUGUGCUGUUGUUUUUCUGUGUUAGACGACAUUUUCAUAUUUGACUUUUAAUGUUCAUUUUUUUUUAGUACUGACAUUUUUUUUACUGAACACUCGUUUUUCAUUUUGACCUUUUCACUUCAUGACUUAGCAAAUUGUGAUUUUUUUAUAUAAUAUGGAGUGUAUCUCUGCAAUUUCAACCCUGAGAAAUGUCACCUACCAUUUAUCAUUAGCUAUCAAUCAUAUACAUUUUUUUUGUUGUCAGAAAAAACACAUUAAUUGAACUUUUCAGAUUUAAGUUAAAUAUGAUAGAACAUUAAUUUUUGUCAGUAAUGUUUUUAAAGAAAUUUGUGCAAAGAAAAUUGAUUGCAAUGCAAAUAUUAAGAAAAAACUUUGAUUAAUACGUAAAACAUCUUUAGCUUGGCAAAACACUGAAUAAUGUCAGAUGCGCCCGAAAAAGACAACAAUAAGGAAAUCGAUUUUAAUUGCUUUUUGUGCAUUUUAAGUCAUUUAUUUAUUGAUUAAUCAUUUAUGAAAUAUGCUACACAAUAUUGUAUCAUUCUACAAAGCUACCAUGUAUGUAACGUGAAUUUCCAAGUCUGUAUUGCAAUAUGUUAUGUAUAUUAUCAUUUAAUAUGUGGACAAAUCCUAUAAUUUAUAUUCAUUUUUGGAUUAAUAUCUAGUCAGUAGCGACUAGAACUCCUACAAAUACUUCAAUUAGUUUGAACUGAAAGCUGCACUCCUACAGAUUGAUUGUUUUGACAAGUUUUUUUAUUUUAUUUUAUUUUUGUCUUAGAAUGAGCCGAUUUUUGCGAAAAUGCAUGGAAACCAGUGAUAUAAGACUGCUGACAAAAAGUCAAUUCUCGGACGUAAAUAAGAAAAACUGAGAUCUGAUCUUUUGUCAGCAGUCUGAUAGCACUGGUUUUCAGAUAUUUUCGCAAAAAUUGGCUUAUUCCAAGACAAAACGUAAAAGUAGUUGUGAAAAGGGUAAAUCUGUGAGAGUGCAGCUUUAAAACAAGAGCAUACCAUAUUUGGAAAGAAAGGUAGUAUAGUCAAAACUCGCUAUGUCGAAGUCAUUGGAACGUUGGCAAACACUUCGAGAUAACGAACAUUCGAUAUAACCGAAAUACAAAAAGUAUAUUUCUUAACCGAAAACAAAUAUAAACUGUUUGACAUAACCAGAACAUCGAGAUAACGGAGUUUGACAUAGCGAGUUUCGAAUGUAUUAAUGUUAAAAAAAAUAUCAAAAUGUUUUUUUUUUCAAUGCAAUUAUUCUUAUACUGAAACAUAUUAAUGAACUUAUUUGUCGUUGUAUGGCACAUGCUUUGCUAUGGUUAUCUUUAAGCCCGUCAAACUAGAACAUUGAGACUUUAUAAUUUAUUUUUCAAAAUGAAGAGGCAGAGUAGAGACAAAGUUAGUCUGACCCAUCUUCUAAUUUGGAUCAUAUCAAAAUGGUUAUGUUUUGUUUGUUUGUGUUUUUGUUAUUUUUAAAAAACAAACAAAAUUAAUUAAAGGCAAAAUGCGUCGUUGCAACAUGCUUCAGCUUCGUUCAAACCUCAUAUUUUUCUUUGAGUUCAAAUCUAUAAAUCAUCGAAAGAAAACUAUAAACAAAAAAAUGAAAAAAGAGAAAAAAAAUAUCAGUGAAAUAUGAAUAUGCAUAUUUGUCAAAAUGUUGUAACAUUGGAUUUCUCAUCGAACUGAUUUAUUGAACAAUUAAGGCCAGUACUACAAACAUUUGUUAUAAAUAUGAUAAUUGUUUUCAAUUGUGCAUUUUCAUUAUUUCUGCACAGUAUUGGAUCUGUUUCAUUGAACCUUUACUUUACCAUCUUUACAGUCACACUUAGUUAUAGUAAGUGUUCAUUCUUGAUCUUCUAUACAAUAAAGUCGGGUGGCCGGGCGCAUCCUGGCGUCGACUUAUUAUUUAGAAGACCAACAAUAAAUGCUAACUUUUAUGCUAAGUGUUCAGCGCGAAAUGCCUCGCAAAUGCCUUAAUAUUAACCAGUGCGCAUGCGUGAGCUUCUGAAUAACUCACAUAAUAAACCAAUAAAAGACAGAAUGGAAAUUUGGCGGUUGGUUUCGAUCCUUAAUGGAAACUUUCUGGUUUUGAAAUAUGCUUUAUGGGUUUUUGGUUGUCAAAUAUCUUCUAAAUGAUUUACUAUGAAUCUGUCCGGCUACAAAGAACCUGAGCACUUAUAUAGAUUGUAAGGUUUAUAUUCAUUUUAGUAAGUAUUACCUUUUACUUACGUUCACAUAAAAACUAAUGAUAAAUAAUGAAAUUUCACAGUAUUUAAAGUCUAAAAUGGAAUCUGAUGGCCUUUGAAAUAGUAAACAUAUAUUUCUGACUUUAAUGGUUUUAAAGUUUUGCGAAUCGUAUGAUGAAUAAUAUUUCGUUGUUUAAAGAGGUAUAUUUUGUAUAUUUAGAUGUUGUACGUUUUUUACAUAAACCAUAGCCUUGCCUAAUAUGUUGGUAUGGGCUUGAUUUGUAUUGUUUGUUUAUUGGAUAUUGUUUAUUGAGAAUACAUUCAAAACCAUGUUUCACGUUUUUCAAAUUUGUGCAUUAUGUUUGUCAUUUAUUUAUUAUCUGCUCUGUUGACGCUUAUAUCACAUUAUGGAUUUCAUGAAAAUAAAUGUCGACAUACA